UUUUUCUCUUUCUUUUUCUUUCUCUCCAAACAGAACAAAAGUACUUCUCUCUCCUCUUCUCAUCUCAAUCUCAAUCUCAUCUCAUCUCAACAAAUACAUACACGUAUUUUUAUUUUCAUUUUAUAUAUAUUUUUCUCCCCAUCAAUCUCUGUUUCUAAACAUUUUCUUCUAUAUAUCUAUCUAUCUCUAUAUAUACACACAGAUCUCCGCAUUCGUUUUUCUCUCUUAUUUCUCUAUCAGCUUCAUUACCCAGACCACCCUGAACCAAGCCUAAGCGAAUAAUAGAGAGAGAGAAAGAGAGAGAUAAGAAAAGGAUUUUGAUUGAUUUUUGAUACCAAACAAAGGGAUAUUUCAGAUAUGGGUUCGGUUUCACCUGAACUCAGCUUGGAUUUUAGACCAACUUUUCUACCCAAAACCGUCACUGAUUUUCUCAGAGAGGUGUCGAUGAUCGGAAACGUUUCUGAUAAGGUUUCUAAACUUGACGCCUUUGUCAAGGGAUUGGAAGAGGAAAUGAAAAAGAUCGAUGCCUUUAAACGCGAGCUUCCGCUUUGUAUGCUCCUCUUGAACGAUGCAAUUGUAGCAUUGAAGGAAGAAUUAAUGCAAUGUAUAUCAUCAAAGAAUGUGCAACCAGUUUUGGAGGAAUUUAUUCCCUUGAAGAAGAGUAGUUCUGAGGAUGAAGAUGAAGAGAUUCCAGCAGUUAAAAAGGAAAAAGAUUCUAGUAAAGAUAACAAGAAAAAUUGGAUGAGCUCUGUGCAGCUCUGGAACACUGAUGAUCAUCAAACUACUGAUCCCAUUGUUGAUCUCAAACAGAAUACGAAUCUAAAAUUUAAGAGAAAUGAAGAAGAGAAUCUAUUCCAGGGCUGUAAAAGCAGGACUGAAGCAAGGGCAUUUAUGCCAUUCAAAGCAUAUCCUGGUUUUGUUAGGAAGGAAGACAAAGAGGAAUUGCCUGCUCAUGGGUUGUCUCUUGUUACUCCUGGAAUAAAGAAUCCGAGAGAGGAUACAGGAUCUAGUGGUUCGAGAACGAGUUGUAGCAAAUCAGUUUCGUCUUCUGCUCCUAAUGCAAGGACGACAGGGCCGCAGCCACCACACCAGCAGACUACCAGGAAGCAGAGGAGAUGCUGGUCCCCUGAGUUGCAUCGGCGGUUUGUUAAUGCCUUGCAGCAACUUGGAGGCUCACAAGCUGCCACUCCAAAGCAGAUUCGAGAACUUAUGCAAGUUGAUGGCUUGACCAACGACGAAGUGAAGAGUCAUUUGCAGAAAUACCGACUUCAUACUCGUAGAGUACCACCUACUACUACAGCUGCUCCUGCAAACCAAUCCGUAGUUGUUUUGGGGAGUUUGUGGAUGUCCCAGGAUCAGUAUGGUGACUCCUCAAAGGGCAGUUCUCAGUCUGGUUCUCCUCAAGGUCCUCUCCAGUUAGGCGGGAACACAGGAGGGACCUCUACAACAGGAGGUGAUAGCAUGGAAGAUGACGAAGAUGCAAAAUCCGAGGGAUAUAGCUGGAAAAGUCAUAUUAGCAAACCUGGAAAAGAUGAUGUAUAGAGUGUAUCCACAAUGAAUUUUGCAGAUAAAAAGUAUACAUGGGAGGAAUUUUAUGAACUAUAUAACAAUAAUUAUAUAAUAUAUAAAGGAGAAGGAUCUUUCGAGAGAGAGAGAGAGAGAGAGGCUGUUAAAUUUUGCAGGGUUAGCUUUUCUUCUGUAUUGAAUCUGAGUUUUGUUUUCCCGGAAUUGAUAUAAGGAUUCUAAAAUGCUCCAUGUUUUUAUGGAUGAAA